AAAUUGACAUUCCAUAUGUAUUCAUUCUGACACGAGUUGUUUAAUUCUGUAACUUUGUUCCUGACCAAGAGAUUUUCCUCUUUUCACUGCAUUUAUUAUUAAAUUUAUCAAAAGUUUUAAAUAAAUAAAAUUACAAAAUGUUUCGCAUGCCACCACAAGUUGAUCCCGCUGAGGAGAAGAAGCGCGUCCAGGCUGAUGUUAGAAAUAACUUUUUAAUGUUUACUGUUUUGUGUGCUGCCAUAAGAUUGGCUCCCUUUUGCAUUGGGAAAGUCAUGAAUCAAACGGCCUAGCACUUGGAUGGAAUCACCUGGACACAAAUAGCUACUGCAUUUUACCAUAAAGCUGCAUCGUUGUUAUCGAAAUAGUUGGAGUUGUUUACAAAUCGCAUUACCAUGUAAAAUAUGUGGGGUAAAUUCCUACAUUUGUUAUAAGAAAUUGUAAAUCAAAACAACUCUGUUGCGUAAUAAAAUCAAGUUUAUUAAGUUUGUUAAUAAAAUCUAA